AUGCUCAGCUCGAAGUUCUCGAAGCUCCCUACACAGGGCCCGCUGGCAAAUAUCUGCAAACGCACGAUCACAAUGGGCACGAAGCAAAACGCCCUACCCGCCGCCUACUAUCGCGGUGGAACGUCGCGGGCCGUGUUUUUCAAGCAAGAGGACCUUCCACAAGACCGCAAACAAUGGGAUUCAAUCUUCCGAGGCGUCAUCGGUAGUCCGGACCCCUACGGUCGUCAGCUCGACGGGCUGGGAGGUGGUAUUUCAAGUCUCAGCAAGAUCUGCGUCGUGGGUAAGUCCACCCACCGCGACGCUGACGUCGACUAUACAUUCGUCUCACUCGGGAUCAAGAAUACCGAUGUUGACUACUCGAGCAAUUGCGGGAACAUGAUCAGCGCCGUCGGGCCCUUUGCUGUCGAUGCAGAGCUAUUCCCCCUAUCUGAGGAGAACGCGGAUUCAGCCUCGGUGCGCAUCCACAACACUAAUACCGGCAAAAUCAUCCAUUCUUCAUUCCCAGUUGUCGAUGGAGAGGCUGCUGCAACUGGCGAUUUCUCAAUCGAUGGCGUCGCGGGCUCAGCUGCUCGCAUCCAGCUAGACUUUAUAAACCCGGCCGGCUCGGCGACGGGGUCUCUCCUACCAACUGGUAACCCGAUCGACACCAUUGACGGUAUCUCCGCGACCUGUCUCGACACAGCAAACCCAUGUGUUUUUGUUCGUGCAUCGGACCUUGGCGUCGAGGGUGACCUGACGCCAGAUGAGAUCACCGCGCAUCCGGACCUGCUUUCACGCCUGGAUUCCAUUCGCCGCCAGGCUGGUGUGAAGAUGGGUCUUGCAGAGACACUUGCAGCUGUCCCUGGGAGCAUACCGAAGAUCUGUCUCGUUGCCGCGCCUUUAUCCUCUAGUACGCGAGAUGCUUCGCAGAAUCAGACAUCUGCUAACGUUGAUCUUUUGGCUCGUGCUCUCUCCGUAGGCCAGCCGCAUAAAGCCGUUCCUAUCACCGUCGCUCUAGCAUUGGCGGCGGCUGCGCGAGUACCUAACAGUACAGUUGCAGAUGUUGUCGCAGGCAAGAAUCCUGUCGAUGAUGCGGGCAUCACGAUCGGUCACGCUAGUGGUAAUUUGUUGGUCGGUGCGAACUUUGAUGAUGACGGUGCAUUGCUUUUUGCAACCGUGUUUCGCACGGCACGUCGGUUAUUUGAAGGCCGCAUAUUUUGGAAGAACGAUUCUACCACAUGA